GAUUUCACGCAAGAAUAUAGUGUGCCCUAUAUUGCCAACGGAGAUGCUGCUUUCGCUGCAAACGAUUACGACAAGGCUAUUGAAUUGUACACUGUGGCAAUUGACCUCAAUUUUGCAAACGACACCAUAUUCGCAAACCGCAGUAAGGCUAGGUCAGAGAAGAUGCUAUGGGAGGAUGCACUUUUUGAUGCGCAAAAGGUCAUUGAACUCAAACCUUCAUCUCAUGUAGGAUACCAGGUGAAGCAUGCAGCGCUUUACGGCGCACAAUGCUAUGAUGAAGCUAUCGCGGCCUUCCAAAUGAUGCUCGCCAAAUUGGAUAGCGCUCAUGACACGGAAAUACGAACUCUGCGCAAGCAAUAUGUCAGUCCCUCCGAAGGAGAAGGUGUUAUUCGAAAGGUCAUCGACAUUCAACUUGGUACCGCGCCGCUCCGUCUACUCAACACCGCCACCGGACUCUUAUGUGACCGAGAAGCGCAAAUAAGCGCCUUCAAAAAGAGCACAGAGUACAAUGAACUUCUCCUGUCAAUUAUGAAGCGAGCGGAUCUCCGAGCGGAACGCAUCGAAGAGGCAGUUGCGACAUACUUUAGUUGUGUCAUGCUGUCGCAUCGGUGGGAAGGGAAGGAGCCGUUGCUGCACGACGUCAAGGACAAGGACAUCUACGAGUUGCAGGCGGCUGGCGGUCUCGUGAAGUUGAAGUCAUUCUGCGAUAUUGUUCGUAGUAAGACGAAUUACCAGUGGGCGUGGGUUGAUUCGUGCUGCAUCGACCAGACGAACAAUGUCGAGCUCCAGACAUCACUCGACUCGAUGUUCGCCUGGUAUCAUGAUUCAGCGCUCACCAUUGUCUACCUGUCAGAUGUUCCACCUUCGUCCCAGCCUGGCGCAUUGGCGAAUAGCGCCUGGAACACCCGAGGAUGGACCGUCCCGGAAUUCUUGGCUCCCCAAACCAUUCUCUUCUACCAACAGGACUGGACUCUAUAUCUCAACGACGAGUCCCUCAAUCACAAGAAGUCUUCCGAAAUCAUGAAUGAGUUGCAGGAUGCGACGGGCAUAGCUGCUCGGGCUCUCGCAGACUUCAAACCGGAGACGAUCGGAGAUGCCCGGGAGAAACUCCAAUGGGCAUCUAAGCGUGUCACCACUAGGCCGGAAGACAUUGCGUACUCAUUGUUCGGUAUCUUCGGCGUUCGACUUCCCAUCCAUUAUGGCGAGAAUAAGCAAAAUGCGCUCGGGCGGCUCCUGCAGGAGAUUGUGGCUCGGUCCGGCGACAUUACUGCCCUCGAUUGGGUCGGACAACCAUCCACAUUCAACAGCUGUCUUCCGGCAGAUAUUUCCUCAUACACAGCUCCACCAUUCAACCAACCCUCUUUGUCCGACGACGAGAUUCAGGCAGCAGUCUCUUCGCUGCGAAAUACCGUAGCUAUGGAGUUGGCGUCCAAUUUUUAUGACCAGCUUGACAAUAUGAGCGCUCCUCGCUUUGCGAACUGCAGACUGCAUCUACCUUGCAUUGCAUUCCGUCUUACAGAAGUCAGACGGAGGUAUGGUCCAGCCCACGAGACUCAUUUCACAUAUGGAGUCAAGGCAGACGGGCUUCGCGACCUGCUGAUCACUACUGAAGAGACACUGACUCAGUUUUCGCGGGCAAGGCCCGCUAGACACGCAUUCUUCCUUGUCCGUCCCUGGGACCGCCGAACCCUCGAUGAGUAUGACUUUGCAGAACAGGCGGACUCAGAUGCGGAAAGCUUGGGGGAUUGGUCUGAGCCUGGGUCUCCUAUAGAAGAAGAGCUAGAGGAUUCAGAAUCUCACUCGCGAGCCUUGCGAUUGAUGGUUCGCCUUGGGCAGCCGUUCGGUGCAUUUUUUCUAGCGCAGCAGCGAGGCGGAGAAUACAAGAGGAUCGCUUCGGAUCACGAUAUUAUUGCACAGGUGAAAGAC